AUGGAUAUAGGGGAAAAUCUGGAAUCACUCUCACCCGAAAACAGGGACGAAACCCAAAGUGGAAAGUUAUGGAGAUUAAAGGUAGCUUCGAAUGUGUUCUUCGUUUACCACGACGAAGAUGGGUUCGGAAAUGCCAUUGCCCGAGCUCUCAACCCUACUCCCCACCCUUAUACCAAAGUCCCCGAGGUAUUGGAAUUGGAAUUGGGGGAUGUAAAAUUGAAUGGCUCUGUUACUCAAUUGAGAGAUAAAGACAAUUUGAAGUUUUGUGGAUUAAGUGAGGAAUCUGUAGAGCUACUUCAUUUUCAGUGUGUUUGGUUCCUGGCAACAAUGGUAAUGUUAGAUCAUUUGGAGCCGCCAGUACUGCCUCAAGCUAUAUAUUCAGUGCUGACUAAAAUUGCAGAUGCUGAACACAUGUCUUCUACUUUUCCCACUAUCAUAGCCCCUUUUCUUGUACCGGCAUCAAAGCUUAAGUUGGAAGGUAGAUUGUUGACAGCGAAUAGUGGCAAAGUUCCUCUUUAUGAGACUAAUGUAAGUCGAGUCAUUGCUUCCAAAACUCAGAAGCCAUCUCCAUCUUUGCAAAUUCAUUACGAGCCUCUAGCCUGCUUUCUUCACCUGGUCCGUGCUGCAAACUUGCCAACUUCUAUUAUCAUAGGCCAAAGAAGCCAAAGCCCAUUUAAUCAAGCUUUAACUGAGGACAUACAGACUCUCUGUGAGAUUGGCGAGCUUGUGGCAAGUGCCACCGGGACAUACUUCCAGGGAGAAGAAACCAAAACUAAUUGGAUUCCAACAGCAAAGGCAGCAAGUGGUGGUGGUGGAGAGCCAUGGCGCGCAUUCUAUGGUUAAAUGUUUUAGGUUCUUGCAGGAAGCAUAAACUGAGAUUGAACAUGUGAGUGGGUGCAUAUUGUAGUAAAAACUAGGGCCCCUGUUUAUCAGAUAUAAUACAAGUUGCAGUCAGCAGUGGCUUAAAAUAGUUGAAAACUGAUCUUAUAUGUUUCAUAUUUGUGUGAUGAACCAAACAAGCAGGAAGUUCAGUUCCUGAAAGGUGUUCAACAUGUUGAUAUGUGAUCUAACAUGUGUCUUGAACGAUUGUCUGAGUCUGACUG